AGCCGCGGCACCACUCAUAUGAGAUCCGUCAGGAGUCUGCUUGUCACUCUCGCGCUCUCCGGCAGCUAUUGCGCGCAUCCGUGCCAGGAUACGAUAGCUUUCAUAUGGGCAUUAGUUUUUGUCUGCAUUUAUCGCAACAUUUAUUUCACUCUUCUACUACAGACCUCUUUGUAGGGUUAAACUGGUGCGUUUACUGACGCGCAAAGAGACGCACACCUGUUUAAAUCGGUGCGCUUUUAUCUGUGAUGCUCGUUUAAUGCGUUAUAUUGCUAACUGGUGUUUGCUGUUGUAUAUAUGUAUAUUUACAAUUGUAUGACAGUUGGAUGCUCAUAAACUUCUUGUAUAGGUAAAUAAUAAAUUAAUGUUAGCGAGACAACACAAAAAUCAGGUUUAGUUGUAACCUUUAUUUAAAACUAAUUUACAGAGUUUAUCGACGCGUUUUACAAGAUGAUUAACAUUGUCGCGGAGUUUUUCGUGGUCAUUUUGAAAGUCCUCUGGGCUAUCGUCAUGGCCGGCCUAAAGUGGUUCAUACGGCCGAAGGAGAAGAGCGUAGCGGGACAGGUGUGUCUGAUCACCGGGGCGGGCGGUGAGCUCGGACGGCUCUUCGCGCAGGACUUCGCCCGGCGUCGGGCUACACUCGUGCUGUGGGACAUCAACAGCAAGAGCAAUGAAGAGGUGGCUGAGAUGGUGCGACAGAUCUACAGAGAGCAAGACAACCAUAUGACUAAAGAGGCAGCUGUUGGUGGUGUGGAAGAAGUGCCUCCUUUCCAGCCGCAGGUGUACACGUAUGUGGUUGAUGUGGGCAAGAGAGAGAACGUAUACGCCACAGCGGAGAGAGUGCGCAGGGAGGUUGGUGAAGUGGACUUGUUGAUCAACAACGCUGGUGUGGUGUCCGGCCACCAUCUGCUCGAGUGUCCCGAUGAGCUGAUCGAGCGGACGAUGGUGGUGAACUGCCACGCUCAUUUUUGGACCACCAAGGCGUUUCUUCCCAAGAUGCUAGAGAUGAACCACGGCCACAUUGUGACGGUUGCCAGUUCGCUGGGUUUAUUCAGCACAGCUGGUGUGGAGGAUUACUGCGCUAGCAAGUUCGGUGCCAUCGGCUUCCACGAGUCCCUGAGUCACGAGAUCAAGGCUUCGGAGAAGGACGGUAUCAAGAUGACUCUGGUUUGUCCUUACCUGGUGGACACGGGCAUGUUCAGAGGUUGCAGAAUAAGGAAAGAGAUCGAGCCUUUUAUUCCUCCACUGAGGCCGGAGUUUUGCGUCAAACAGGCUAUGAGAGCCAUCCUGACGGACCAGCCAAUGAUCUGUACCCCUCGCAUCGUAUACAUGGUCAACUUUAUGAAAAGCAUUCUGCCCUUUGAAGCAAUCGUGUGCAUGUACCGGUUCCUGGGAGCGGAUAAGUGCAUGUACCCCUUCCUUGCUCAACGGAAAGAAGCGAUGAACAACAACGAAGCUAAGAACGGGAUCUAAAAUCUUCCACAAAAGGCGCCUUUUUUUAAAAAGACCACUGAGAUGGACGCAAGAGAUGGAUAAAGACUGAGUUUAGACUGGUGCACUUGCAUUUGGCAGAUGCAAAGGUUUACCAUAUUGUUCCUCUGGAACAAAGAAAGCUGUGUACUACACUAAGGAUUUAUUUGUUGUUUUUGUUACGUGUUGUUUUUUUUUCUAAGGUUUGGUUAAAGAAACCAUUCAUCUAUAUUCUGUGUCAAAUAGUUUUCGAAAUCAUACGUGAGAUAUUCAGUAAUUAACUAUUUACGUAAUGUAGUCACCAGCAUUAUCUAGGGUCUUUGUGAAAAUAUACAGUAUGUUACUGUACGAACAGUAAAAUCUUGUCACUUUUUUGUUUUGUGUGUAGACAUGCACUGUAUUUACUUUUUCUCUACACUGCCAGCAUUAUCUAAACCGUUCAGCGGGUGCUACUACGCCAAUCCCCAGUCCAAACUAUUUAAAGACAGACGAUCAUACACCUGAAAAUUCAGUGAUGUUUACCUAAAGACAGAUUGUUUUUAGACAUUUUUGUUUUCAUUUAGACUGAUAGUCUCUUUGUAUUUGGAUUCCCAUUUAUUUAAAAAAGUGAAAACGUCUUUUGACAGAAAAUGUUCUGGUGACUUCUCAGUCAAUUCUGAUGACUGGUUAUCACACAUCUUUAAAACUCCCCAUCGACCGGUUUAUAUCUUAAAGAAAUUGUUGACAUCAGAUGUGGGGAAAACAUUUUGAGAAGAGAAAUUUUAUGUAUGGGACUCAAGUCUGAAGAGACAUCUAGAUGGGUUACUGAACGCUAUAUUUAGUUUAUGUAAUUCAUUUUAAACAUCUUUGUUGUUGAAGAUCUGGCAAACUAUUCAUUUUUCUCCUACAUAUCCUCUUUAUAAUUUAAAGGGGAUUUAUCAAAUUUCAGAAAAUGAUUUAGAAAUGCGAAUGGAUCAUGUAAAUAAUAUUUUAAUGACUGUUUCCAUAAGAAAAUGUGUCAGUUUGAGCUCUCAUUGUAAACACACUGCAUUGUCCAGCUAAAAUGUUAAAUUUGUCAUUUUGUGUAUGCAAACUCGGACGAUUGAAAAACAUUUCAUGGAUGCGUUUGGAUAUUUUGUAUGUGUGAGGACAAAACGCAUGAGUUUAAACUACAUUCCAAUAGGGACGGCGAUGACCCUAAAUCUCUACCUCUUCACUUUUGGCAUUUGUUAACAGUAUGACAUAAAUAUUCCUUUUAUUUUGUAAUUUUCCUAAAGACUGCUCUAUAGAGGAGCACGAGAUGUGACUCCAAUGUUUAGUGUCUCUACCUAACUUAAAUUAAUAAAAUGAUUUAGAUGA